GCAAACACGUUCCCGGCGGUCUGCAGUCGAUUGAGCACGUGUUCUGUCCCUUCAACGGUCGCUUCCGCUUUGAGUACUCGGCCAAUGGUGGCAAGCAAAACUGCGACCUGGGCUUUUCCGAGAUGAGCAACUGUCCGCACGGCAACGCACUCAAUGUCAAGUUCCGCAAAUGCAACUUCCCCACGACCGACGUUCACUUCAUGUGCCUCGGCGACUGGGAGAGUCCGCGCGGUGAUAGAUAUAUCGCCUUAAUGGAUCUGCGUGAGGAGCCCGAAGCGCGUCCCAAGUACCGAUGCGGGCUCUACAAAGAGAAUCAGUACACCGGACAGUACACGGUCUCACUUUCAUCGGACUCCACUUGUGAUGCACACCUCGCCAACUCCACGGAAGGAUUCGAGUCGCUCACUCUGACGCCACUGGCCAGCAAGCGUCGACCAGCACUGGCGGAGAGCGCCAAAUGCCACUUUCCCCAAUGGACGAUUGGCAAAUGGCGGGCUAGUGAAGUGGAGAGAACUGAAUUCAUCUACAAGGAUGAGCAUAAUCAAUUUCGCACGACUCGCUCAAAGUGCAUCAUGCGCCAGAAUGAUACGCCGAAUGAGCGCUUCAUCGUGCACACCGCCACUCAAUGUGGCGAGCAGACGUACAGCUGCCUGUGGAUGAAGCGUCGAUCACCCAACAUUAUGGAGUUCAAGUUCUCCGACAAGUCGAGCACUGUCAUGAAUGAGAAGCUCUGCGAUGACCGCAACUUCAUCUCCAACAACUGGAUCACCGAAGGAAAGGAGAAAAUCGUGGCUCAGUCAACUCCGUGUCCAAUCAUGGGCGACUACACUGGUGAGGUGCCUGGUUCGAGUGGUUUGUGCGCAAAGGUCGCCUCUGACUGCAACAAUCCCGACAUAAUGUUCCACAGUGUGAGCAGCUGCGAAAAUCGAUCCCAUGUUUACGAAGAACGCGAGUAUCGCUGUCUGGGCAACUGGGAAGAGGACGGCGUUCUCUACACCUUCACCCAACGACGUGACAUGCCAGGCUACCAGUGCUUUGCCGGUAAAAUCUAUAAAAACGGUGAUGAAGCACAUAUCAAGGAAGCUGGAGAGCACAGCUGCGUGAGAGGCGAAGACCCACUUGUUUUUGGCAUGAAAAUUAUCAAGCAAGGUAAGCACAGCACACACUCACCGAUCUUGCCCACAGUGGUAGCGGCAGUGCCACUUAACAGCGAGCCAUAA